AUGAGCUACAGUUAUGAAGCUUGUUUUUGGGACCCAAACGACAACGGAGUGAACAUCCUCCUUGGCCACAUUUCCCAGGGAAUAAAGUCUUGUGAUUCAAUGAUACAUUUCUUCAAGCAACGUAGUGAGCUGGAAAAGGACUAUGCCAGGAGGCUUGGAGCCAUCACGGGGAAACUAGACAAAGACAUUGGAACGAACAUCGACUAUGGGAAGCUAAAUGAAACUUUCAAUGUGGUGCUCAGUGUUGAAAAAGCUCGAGCACAAUCGCAUUCCAAGCAAAGUGAGAUCCUUUUCAGACAAAUUUACACAGAUACGAAGGCAUUCGCUGCUAACUUGCAAGCAAGAUAUACUACGUUGAGUGGAAAGAUUGAGAGGUUGCGGAUGGACAAGUUCAACAAGAAAAAAGGGUGUGAAGUUUUGCAGAAGAAGGUGCAAGAUGCUCAGAUUAGAGCUAGAGACUUACAAUUGAACGAAAAUAAUAUGAUUGGAGCCAAGAGAGUAGAACAUAACAAGAGAGAACUGUUGAAAUGGGAAUCGAACUCGCAGGAGUAUAAGGUCCAACUGGACGUUCUGAAGCAGGAAUAUAAGGCUUCGCAGAAGUUUUGGAUACACGAGUGGGCGCAAUUAUCCUGCGAGCUACAAGAAAUGGAAAACACCAGAAUAUCCUUUUUACAAUCGAAGCUGCAACAAUUCGCAACUUCAUCGAUGGAAACCUGUAUUUUAGAGCAAACAAAAAUGGACAUGUUGACAACGAAUCUGAACUCAUUCACGGCAGCAGACGAAAUAUCAACGUUUUCAAAAGAAAAUGGAACCGGUAGACUGAAACAUAAGAAUUCCAAAGGUGACAUGAAUUCCAGCGCCAAUUGGGCUCAAAUGAGCAGUAUCUCCACGGCAAGUAAAAAAAGUGAAUCGUAUAUGGACAAUAUAAGGAAACUAUCCUCUCAGUUAAAGGAAACCGAAAAUAAAAGAAAACUAGCUUCUGUAGAAAAAUACGAGAAGCCAUUGCCAUCUCCGGAAGUCACCAUGGCUAGACAAUUCAGAAAUUCCACUCCCGUCAUACGUAAUGAGGCAAAAUCCGUUGUUGAGCCAACAUUAUCUUUGAGGUCUUCGCCCGUUCAAAUACAGAGCAAUGUGGAUGAGUCCACAAUAAGAGGAAAUCUUGAUCGACCAAGGCCGACGGUUCAAGAAGAACAACUUAAAUCUGAUGAGGAUUCGAAAAAUUCUGAUGGAAACUGCUUAAUGGCGCAUAAAAGAAAUCAAUCCCUCACUUCACCAUCAGAAUCAAGUUCUUCUAAUCCAACGGAUUUUAGCCAUAUCAAGAAAAGACAAAGCAUGGAAUCUAUGACCACAUCUGUAAGUUCAAUGGCCAAUAGUAUAGACGAGUCACAGAGGUUCGCAAAAUCAUGGAACUCGUCGAAUAGAAAAAGGAAAUCAAUGAGCCAUUUGCAAGUAACCUCGUCGGCCUCUUCAAGGUCGGACAAUGGGGAGAGAACUUCCAAUUCUGAACUCAAGCGUGACGAAAAUGAUUAUAGCACAAUGAGAGAUACUAGUGCAAGCACAAUUCUGUUCAAACCCCCCGUAGCAGUUAGAGGAAUAUCUAAGGGACACACGCAUAGGCAAUCUAUGAUAAUGCAGGAUUCAAGCAAUCCGAUUGAAGAUGCAUUGUAUGAAAUGGAAAGAAUCCAAAGUAGUUCUAAGACAGGUAUGAAAACAGGAAACAUCAUGAACGAGAGAGGUAUGGUAAGGGACAAUGGUAUUACUGUUACCUUGCCUAUAGUCACUAGUGAAGGCUUUCCAGUCAUUGAAUACGCCAAGGCCAUGUAUCCACUAGUUGGGAAUGAGGCACCUGGAUUAGCGAAUUUCCAUAAAGGCGAUUAUCUGCUAAUUACUGAGAUCGUUAAUAAAGACUGGUAUAAAGGAGAAGUUUAUGAUAACGACCGUAUCGAUAGGGAUCACAGGGUGGGGUUAAUUCCCUAUAAUUUUAUUCAAUUACUACAUCAGGGUCCUUGA